GAAAGCUAUAAUCUUCAAGGACAAGGUACUAAAAAGAAACACAGUAGUGCUUAAAUAAAUGUAAUCUGCCAUACGAAUUGUUGGCAACAAUUUAACCAAAUGGUUUAGCUGCUAGAGAGAAACCCCCAUGGCUGGUCUCGUUUCCAAAUCCGUAGCCUACUUCCCAAUCCCACUCAAUUAUCCCGCCGUCUAUACUUCUCCCAUACCCUUUCUUCCACUCUCAGCUCUUUCCAGAAGCAUACAAUCUGGAAGACGAAGAAGAAGAAAACUGCCUCAAAUUACAUUCUUUUGCAAACCCAAUUCCCAAUAUGUUGAAGUCAUCUCAAUCCAUGAACAUGAUGAUGGUAGUUUUCUAUUCCGGUUUGGGGAUCCGGCAGAAGACUGUUGGUUGGUGGAAGUGGAUAAAAGAAAAGAUGCGGAAGAACUUCAUGUUGUUAAGGGAGAUUGUCAGAAAGAAGAGGAGGAAGUCAUUGUUAAGGAAGCGGAACAGAAAGAGGGCUUCUUGACCCAUGCAGCUAAUGAUAGUGAUAUUCCUGAGUCAGAACUAGUAAGUAGGAAUAAGGGCAGCUAUAAUCUUUUAGAAGUAGGUAUUUAUUCAGAUGGGGAAUUGCUUGAAAACUUCUCGGGUGAACGUCCCGAAUCAUCUAGUCAUCAAACAAGAGGAUUUCCAGACUAUUCCAAACAACCAAGUGAUGGAGAAUACAAUGCCUAUGAUGAUGACUCCAUUGAGCCUACAGAAGUAGUAUCAUCAGGCCAAGUAGAAUCUUUAACCAAUAAGGCCAUUCAAACGACUGAGUUAGUGCUUUCAUCUGGUGCUGCUUUAUUCCCGCAUCCCUCUAAGGCAUUUACAGGUGGAGAGGAUGCAUAUUUUAUGACUGAUCAGAACUGGUUAGGCAUAGCUGAUGGAGUUGGUCAGUGGUCCCUUGAAGGUAUUUAUCCAGGGGUAUAUUCAAGAGAACUGAUGGAGCAUUGUGAAAAGGUUAUAUUGCAGUGUGGCAGUGAUUUCAGAACUGACCCUAAGGCAGUUCUUGAACUGAGCAUGGAAAAAGUAGAGUCCCCAGGUUGUUCAACAGCUUUGAUUGCACACUUUGAUGGUCAGGUUUUCCAUGUGGCUAAUAUUGGAGACUCUGGAUUUAUUAUGAUAAGGAAUGGUGUGGUAUUUAAAAUGUCAUCCCCAAUGUUCCAUGCAUUCAAUUUCCCUAUUCUAAUCGGAAGUGGUGACAAUCCCUUUGGAGUUGUGGAGGAAUACAAGAGUGAGUUAGAAGAGGGGGACAUUGUGGUCACUGCAACUGAUGGUCUUUUUGACAAUUUGUAUGCACAAGAAAUAGCAUCAAUUGUGAUCAAUUCAUUGAAAGCAAAUAAAACACCCAAGGAAAUUGCAGAGGCAUUAGGUACAAGGGCGCAAGAGGUGGGAAGCGCAGCUUGUGGAAGGAGAAGCCCAUUUUCUGAUGCGGCCCAGCUGGCUGGAUAUGUGGGCCAGAGGGGUGGAAAACAUGAUGAUGUGGCUGUUAUUGUUUCUGUAGUUCAAAACAAUACUCGCUGACAAAUGACAAUUAAGGGUAGUGUAAUAAUAAUAGUAACAAUAGUAGUAAUAAUACGUAAUAAUACGGAGUAAUAACUAUGUCUUUUUUGGGAAGAAUGCUUAAAGCUUAGUGAAAUGUUAAGUGCGAUAUGUUGAUGAUG